AUGGACCAACGCCUUCACCACCAAGCAUUUGGUGUUGCAUCCGAACUCUUAGAACAUCUAACGACUAAACCGACAGCUUUUCUCGUCGCUGUGCUAUGGCACGAUAUCCCUCUGCCACUGAACGAUGCAGCUCGCGAGUCUUUCAUGUUCGUGAAAUGCACUAGCAAGACUAGUGUGGAAAGGAUCAGAGAUUCGUACCUUGCUAGGGAAGAGGCGCCCUCCGACAUCUCAUUGCACCUGGAUUCCACCAUUCCACCACUCACUGCCAAGGUUUCAGAACUCGACAACUUUGGUGAUAAAGUGGUUGUCUUCCACGCACGCAGUGCCGGUUCAGACAACACGGCGAACGCCACUGUUCCUGCAGUCACUUCAGCGUCUCUCAACCCUCACCUCGCAUCUGGACCAACCGAGAAUGGACAUCUCGGUACCCCAUCUACGGGUGUACUAAAACCCACUGCGAGACAAUCAAGUGUAUCAUCAGGAUUGAGUCCUGACCACCCUGCACAAUUUAAUGCUUCAUCAGCACCUUCGCUAUCCGGUAUGUCUGGAUACACAGUAAAUCCUCAAUCCCCACUUGCAAAACAUGCCCCGGCUCCUUCAACACCAGCCGGAGGCAUUUCUCGAGGCAAUUUGGCUCUUCCCAAUGCUCAGCACCAAAGCCCCAAUCAGCACACGCCUUCUUUGUAUGCUCGAGCUUCAGGCUCUCCUCUCGUAGAGAACGAAUUACUUCCACCCCUGUACCCUGAGCGCGAACCGCACACACCGGCGGCUCAUGCGCAAGCUGCCCGGCCUCUUCAAUAUUCAACGAGACCACACAGUCUAUCCUCAGGAACACCGCAAGACCCACUCCAGCAUGGGCAACCUAACGGCAACGGUUACGGCUCAGCUGCCACCCGUCCGGAUAAUACACAUCCAGUAAGUUUGCUUUUCAUCUGCAAUUUAGUUGCGUGUGAACCUUCGUGGCGUCCAUAUGCGUGA